ACUAAAGGAUCCCUGUGGUAAAUGGCUCCCACUCUUUAUUUGCAAGUCAAAUAAGAAUGGUAAUGAUGUCACAGAAGAUGGAUUGUAGUAAUGAUACACAAUCGAGUCAUCUGAGAGAGGCAGCCACAAGCUCUGAUACUUUAAUUCUCCCUUUAUGCCCCAUUUUUAUGCUCCUGCCAUCCUGCACUCUUCUGGAAAAUGUCGCUGUCGGUCGUAAAUCACCACUGGAUCCCAGUUUUGAUAUUUGCUCUCUGCUCUGGGUUUUUACUCCAGAACCACUUUUGUGAAGCUUCAGGAACAGGGAAAAAACACAGGCUCAAAAACAUACUUUUUCUUAGUGCUGAAGAAGUUGCAGUCAAUCCUGUUUUUCCAUCAGCCAUUUUCUUUCAUAAAGUCAAUGGAACUGGGCUUUGUUUCAACGUCCAGGGAAACCAGUCUAACGCAAAUUGUUGUAGCAGCGAAUAUUUUUCCUGCAGCAGCAAAAUAGAUCAGCUCAGUAACAGCACUUACAGGGUGACUGUGAAUGAAGGGACUCUUCUCAAGCACGAUAUUGUGGUCUUACUAAAACCAAUGAGCAAUUUUUCAUGCAAUCUGUCAGACCUCCACAAUUCAACAGAGUUCAUAAGAAACCUUCACAACUGGUUAAAGCCAGGUGGCAGAAAUAUCAGACUGAGCCUGGAUAAUCCAUGUUUAAAUAUUAAUAAUGAUUCACAGACUUGUCAAGGUAAAAUUGAUUACAUGUUUGAGUUUGGAUCUAAAAUGACAACUUGUGUGAAAAGGGUUUCUUGCGAACCAUCGGACCAACCUGGGAAUCAAAAUUGUGUUUGCAAAGCUUCAGGAAUGAAGGGUAAACGCAGGCUCAAAAACAUACUUUUCAUUAGUAUUAAAGAGAAUACUCAUAAUCCCUUUCCUCCAUCAGCUGUUGUCUUUAAACAACUAUAUGAAACUCGGCUUUGUUUCAACAUCAAGGCAAACCAGGCUAACGCAGAUUGUUGUAGCAGUGAAUAUUUUUCCUGCAGCACCAAAAUAGAUCCACUCAUUAACAGCACUUACAGGCUGACUGUAAAUGAAGGGACUCUACACAAGCACGAUAUUGUGGUCAUACUAAAACCAAUGAGCAAUUUUUCAUGCAAUAUGUCAGACCUCCACAAUUCAACAGAGACUAUAUUAAACGUUCACAAGUGCUUAAAUCCAGGUGGCAGAAAUAUCAGAAUGAGUCUGGGUUACCCUUGUUCUAAACUAUGUAAUGAGUCACAGACUCAUCAAGAUCCGAUUGAAUACACGUUUGAGUUUGGACUUAAAAUAACAUCUUGUGUAAAAACAAUCCCUUGUGAAGCUUCUGACCUGGCUGGGAAUCAUCGGAACCUAACUUUUCAGCACUUAAGCAAUGAGAUGAGUCUAAAUAAAUCGAUGUAAAUGUAUUUCUUUAGUGAAA